AUGGUCAUACUGGCGGUGUUGAGCUGCGUUGAAUUCUUCGGUGAUGAUGCCAUCCCACCCCAGAUGUCUAUGCCCUACAACAUGGUUCGUGUCCCAGCAAAUGGUCAUUGCUUCUGGUCAUGCUUGUUUUUGGCAACGGGUGCGUCUGAGAAGCAGUUUUUGGGAUGGGCCCAAAGACCUCGAAACCAGCAGGGCUUUACUUCGGGAAACGAUGCUAAAGCUGAAGAAGCAGCUGAAUGGGCUGCAGCCGCACUCAAACUUCGUAUCCUGGUUGUGACUGGACAGGCUAACACGGAAACCAUCACACCCACACAGGUGUAUGGAUGUGGUGAACAAUCUGUGUGGCUGUUGAACAGCUUUGUUGUCGAUGGGGCAAAGCAGGGUGCCCAACACUUUGAUUUGAUCACGCAGGCAGGGGCCUCCUUGCUUUGCGAAGAUGAUGAUGCCAUCAUCGAUGCAGCCGCUGACCUACCCCCUUCUUCAGAUGAAGAACAGGUUGAUUCUGCCAUUCCCGCAUCCUCUGUGACAGCCAAAGCCGUCCCUGCACCCUCUGAGACUGUCCAGGAGCUGGCGCAGUGCAAUUUAGGUUAUGGGAAACAACGUCUGCCACCAUUGAAGAUACUGCAGCAGAAGCUCAUCAGCCGGGAAGAGGUUUAUGGGUUUGAGGAUUUCUGGUACAAGAAAGGUCGAGAGAAGCUGGCCUCAGAAAUUGAACAUUUUCUUGAAGAGCACAAGCAAGCAAGCCCAACAGCAGAGCAACCUGCAGCAGUGGUCUCCGAAGCGACAAGCCAACAAAACGGGCAGCCCAUGCCACUUCAACUGCCUGCAGCUGAAGCAGUCCCGGUGACACCAGGGCUACAAGCUGGAGCGGAGCAAGCAAAACAUGGACAGGCGGCAGAGACAAACAACAAAGAUGUAGCAGAACAGCAAGACAAACAUGGCAAAAAGGAGAAAGACCAACAGCACAAAGAGAAUGAAAAGAAAGAGACCCAGAAAGACAAGAAGGACGAAGAGAAAAAGGCAGAGAAGACAGCCACAGCAAAAGCAGCAGCAUCAGCUACAGCCCCUGCAGACUCUUCAGGCGUCGGCAGCGCAGACAAUGACAAGAAUAUCAUUGCAGACUCUAACAUAGAACAGAUGAAGAAGAAAGACAAAAAGCAAGAAAAAAAAGAGGCAAAGAAGAAAGACAAGAAGCACAAAGAGAAAGAAGAGAAAAAGGCAGAGAAGACAGACCAGAAGCAGAAAGAGGGCAAAGAAAAAAAAACACAAAGAAGGAGACACUUGGAAGAGGUCCAAGAGCGUGUCACUGUCAAGCGGCAACGUUCCGAUCGAAGCUUGGAGGAUGUCAAGGAGACUCACAUAUCCCUUGAUCUCAAGGCAAAGAAACUCACCCAAGACUUGGAAGCAUACACUGCAGUUCUUGGCAAGCUGACCUCAGCAGAUCGCCAAGAAAAAGAUCCAAGCGCAUCGUGGAGCUGCCACUUCAACGACUUGCUGCAGCAAGACCUGACAGAUGCGCCUCUACUUUUCAGUGACAGCCAGUUGCCAUACCUGGACAUGAUUGUGGAGCUAUCCAAGCACAUCAGCUGCUUGACCAAGGAAAAGAACAAGGUGGAGCAUAGUGCAGCGCGUGCGUUGAAAGUUUUCAAUGCAAAGUGCCAGUCACAUCAAAAGACAGUGAAUCGUCUGAAGCGAAAGGUGGAGAAAGUCUUCCAUGGAAAUACGGAGGAGACCCUGGAGAAGAACAAGAGACUUCAUACUGUUGAGAAAAGGAGGCGGCAACAAUAUCAUGCAUUCCGAGGGCACGCGUUGAAGAAGCACGGGAACCAAAGAAAGAACCGAAAGAGGCAAUACAAGACCAUAGACAACGGUGUUUUCACGGAGCAGCUGAGAGUACCUCGCAGAGUUGUUUCCAUUGAGCAGAAGCUCAAGGUAUUGGAUCGAUAUGAGGAAAUGCUUGCUACCAAAAAGAGUGCUGCUGAAGAUGCCCUAGAGCCUCGACCACGUGGAGCAGGACGUGAAGCGGUUCUAGCGUGGAGCAAGAAAAGGAAGCAAGCAAAGAGAAGAAUGCGAUUCGAUUCCUUGAAGAAGCUGCGGGAGGAAUUUCCAGAUAUUGUUGGGAAGGCGCAGCCUUCGAAAUGGAAAAAGGCAGCAGAAAGUGAAGCGUGGAGAGAGCUACCAGAGUUUUUUCGGGCCCGCAGUUCUGCCACGACCAACAGCUGGCGACGCAAAUUAGGUUUGCCUUUGAAAGGCAGGCCUGAAGGAGGCUGUGUCCCGCUGCAAAUUCAGCGGGAACUGGAUACCUUGAUGAUGGAAUUCAGCAGUGGGCUUUCCAGUGUCUCUGAGAGAAAGGAGCUCGUAACAGUUGAACACAUUGCAGAAACAGCUGCGUCUCUCAUCUCCGACUGGAACUCUUCACUACCAGAUCGCGCGGCCAUGGUGCAAUCCUUCAAUGAGGACUUGGAAACCAAAUACAAGAACGGAGAGAUGCAUGCAGAAGCGGUUGUGGAGGCAUAUCACCCUUUGCCUAGAGAGAUAGCUGUCCCCUCCAUGGCUUGGAUUCGGCAAUGGAAGGCCAGUUGGGGCUGGUCCAUGCUCACGAGAGGGUCAGAUGACGCCUCCUACCUGCCCUACAACCAUGUGGACAUGCAAAUGUCGCGGCAAAGAACACUAGAUCUUAUCCACAAGAAAGGGGUGCACAAGUUCUUGCUGCUGAACUUUGACCAAGUCUGGCGGAACAAUUGGAACAUGGCCAAGUUCAAGCUGGCUUUCAAAGACCGUGUCAACAUCGGCCGCAAAGGUAACAAAGCCCAGAUUGGCCCACGAGAAGACAAAAAACUUCACCACAUUCGUGGAUCGCGACAAUCGAUGACAGUUUUGACGAGCUCUUGGAGUGACGGCCGGCCCGGCCCUGUAGCAUUUUGUGUGGCUGAGGGCAAACUCCGGCCGGCCGAUAUACAGAAAUGGAAUGCAGAGCACGUCGGGUCUUCCCUCAUCAUUAGCUCACAGACGCCCACACACUUUAUGAAUGCCGAGUCAUUGAUCGUUGUAUUGGAGCAGCUGUAUUCACCGGCUUUUGAAGCUCAAAGAAAAAGGUACAACCUUUCAGCUCAUGAUCGUGGAGCUCUUUUGGCAGAUGCUUGGACUGGGACGUUCAGCCAAGCUGCCGGAAUGAAUCUCCGGAGGCACACUUGGUAUGAACGCCACAACAUUGAGCCCCCGGUUGUACAACCGGGAGGAUGGUCCACUCAUGGACAACCGGUGGACAGCAUGCACGCCGCCUACAGACAGGGCAUAAGGAAGAAGGAUUUGGCGAGCACCGGACAUUGUGCGAACCUGAGGGAGCGCGCGCGCUAUGAAACCUUGGAUUUGAAGGCUUCAGGGCAGGUUGCAGCUUCCGUGAAGCCCGUCAUAGAUAUCAUUAAAAUAUCCUAUGACGCCUGGCGCGAGCUGGAUCGGAGGGUGUUCAUUGCUGCUUGGAUGAUCACAGGGUACUUCUCGGCCGACCACUUUCCGCAGGAUACUAGUGCAGAGCAGGUGGAGCACAUGGAGCACGCCAAGACGAUCAUAGAUCCGUGUGUGUACCAUCCUUUGCCUUAUGAGCUGGCCCAUGCAGUGGUUCGAACAGUGGCAUUGCAUGGCACGGCGUUCCUGGAUGCGCAGCAAGAGUACGAGAGCUGCAAAGAGGCAGACCCAAAAGAGAAACUGGCCAAAACGAAAAAGGCCAAGGAGCAGCUCAUGGGUUUGCACUCUGCUGACCGGUUCUCAGUGCUCAAUCGCCGCACUGGGUGGGUGGCCACCAGCGAGUGGAUGACAAAGCAUAUGGUCAUUGUUGAUGGAAAGCCUCAGCCAAAGGUGAAUUCGAACACGCCUAAGUCUAAGGCGUGGAUCCUUGCGGUUCGCAUCACCAUCGUGGGCGGGAACGUGGAGCUGAAGCUGCAGCCCUCUGAAGGGAAAUCAUUCAGACGGGUGCGAUGCCUUUCCCUUGAGAAUGGUCUGGAGAAGGCCAAGCUGCACUCUCUUGCUGAAGGGUAUGCUCAUGUGCUAGACGCCGCUCCCAUUGGCGAUGCCUAUGAUGCGGGCGAGGAUGUCGAAUGCGUGGAUGAUGCGGGCUCCAUAGACAUGGAGGGUGAGGAGGCUUCGGAAGAUGAAAGUGUUCUGGGUGAUGAGGCUGGGUUAGAAGGACAAGUGAAGACGCACAUGGAGAAUCUUCAGAUGGAUCCUGCCCCAACUACGAAGGCUGGAGAAGAUACUCAAAGCAAGGUGUGGGCACCUUCGUCCUCAAACAUGAUGCAGCCAAGUGUGAUAGCUGAAGCUCCGAUAGAUCCGCUUGUUGAGGGACCUGCUGAUGGUGAAUUUAUUGAUGAAUCAAACAUGAUUCAAAUGCAUGGCCACAAGCAGCCAGGUGGGAGUAGCCAUUCGCAUACACCACCAGGGUUCUUUGAACGCGAAGCGUACGCUGACCUGGAGAAGGUAGGCCUCACAGCAUUGCCAAUGGCCGACGGGUAUGUACUUUCAUACCACAAGGUCACUCGGCAAUGGCAUGCACGGGAUCCCUCAGGGAGUAACUAUGCCCCUACAUGGGGCUUGAUUAGGAGUGAAUUAAAGGCUCUUCUGUUGGCGCUUGAUCAGCUGUGGGAUUGGUAUGUUGAAACCAAUCCAGAUGACAAGGUCGAUGCUGAAGAGCACUUGCAGAACAUCCGCAGUUAUAGCAACAGCAUUCCCUUUUGA